AUGACUUGCUUACAAGCUGUGAAGCUUCCCCGUGGACUGGAAGCUCACGACGGUGAGGAAGGAAGGGAACGACAUGCGCUACGGAGUACUGCUCGGGUACAACACAGUGGGGUCCUUUCUAUCCCUUCACCGUCUCCCCACUCCCCCACGGUCCACCGCCAAAACCUUCACCAAACCCAUGUUGUGUGGAGGGGCCUAAUGUGGCGCCUCGCCUCGCCUGUGGCUGACCCCUCGCCAUGCUACAACUACGUUGAAGAGCUCCAUUGGGCGGACAAAGAACUCCAGUGCCAGUUAAAUGACGAUCUAGAGCACACCUUUCAAAACACCUUCAAGCAGAGAUUAGCAGGCCUAUCGAGCGAGGCUGUUCUAGAGUGGCAUGAGAAAUAUCGCGCUCUAUAUAGCGACCAGCAGAGCUUGUACAAUCAUCUCUACGCUGGAUCUGUGAAGCGAAUGUUCAACAUGGAGUGUUUUGUCAACCUGAAAAAGUUGACAAUAACCAACGGUUGUGAAGCUGGAGCUGAGGAAUACCCCCACAGCACUCGAGUCACCAGAAAUCCUCGAACGUCCCGCCCGAUGGAGCACUAA